AUGGCGCCUCCCGGCAAACUGCUGUUCGUGAACUUUGACACACCUGGCAAAGCGGACGACGUUGCUCAGCGUAAAGCAGUGCGGGCACAUGCUACGGCGUAUAGUCAUCGAGUAGCACCGCGCAAAGGGCUGCGAGCGGCGAAGUACAAGCAGCUGCCGAAAGAGGGCGCUCAAGGAAGUGCUUCGGAUGCCGCUUCCACGUCUGCCGAGAAGCUGCCCACGCCACCCAAGACACCGAGCCCCGCACAACCACAACCCACGCAGCAGAUACUGGAUCUCCAGCAUCCAGAGACUAUACGACAGCACAGCAAGCGGACCAGCCAGGAUCUUGCCAUCUCCAGACUUCUCAGCCCCGACUCAGCAGCACGAAUACCCACCCUCCUGAGCUCAUCUGGGCGCCGGCGAGCUUCCGACACACGACCAGCAAAACGAGUCAAAGUCACCAAACUACGUAAACAGCAAAUCGCCAAACAGCAGAUAUCCAACACACACAUCAAACGCGAAGAAGAACUCGAGCGUCUAGUCGAGCUCUUCCGCCUUCCAGACAUCCACAUCAUAGGAGCCACCGGCAAAGACCCAUUCGACACCUACCCUGUUCCCUACGAACCCUGGUACGGACCUCUUCUGGACCGCUGGUAUCACCGUCUCGCGCUCGGCCCAGCACUCUUGAAAUGCACAACGCAAGAGAUCCAUGACUACAUCAACUGGGUUCGACGAUUCGAGUUCUCCGAGCCUGCAGUAUACUACACCUCAAUUCUCCUUGCCACAGGAACGCCUAUUGCGACGGGCACGAUGGAGCUGAGCAAGGCUUUGCCCGUGAGGGGUAUGGCGGUGCAGGCUAUGAAUGAUGCAUUAAACGAUCCGGACAGGGCGACGACCAAUGCUAUGAUCUCGGCUGUGGGCAAGAUUGCGCUGCAUGAGCAUUUGUAUGGGGAUCGGGUGGCUGCUAAUGCUGUGCAUCGGCCUGCUCAGCAGCGCAUGAUCGCACUUCGCGGCGGCAUCGCAGCUCUCGAUCUCCCACGCAUAACCAUUCAAUUCAUGGUCUGGUCCGAUACCUUCAUGGCCGCCGAAUCCCGAACACCUCGAUAUUUCACUGAUCUGCCUGCAAAAAUGGGCGUGCCAAGCUACACGAAGAUGGAGGCUGCGGAGGUGGCGAUCAGAGCUAAUCCGAAGAGGUUUUCGCAUCCGAGCUUUGCUUGA